AUGGAGGUAAUGCACCUGCUGCUGCUGCUGCUGCUGCUGCUGCUGCUGCCAGCCUGUGUGCUGCACCCCUCCCCCACACCCUGUGCUGCAGCCCUCCCCCACACCCUGUGCUGCCAGCUUGUGUGCUGCAGCCCUCCCCCACACCCUGUGCUGCCAGCCUGUGUGCUGCACCCCUCCCCCACACCCUGUGCUGCCAGCCUGUGUGCUGCACCCCUCCCCCACGCCCUGUGCUGCCAGCCUGUGUGCUGCAGCCCUCCCCCACACCCUGUGCUGCCAGCCUGUGUGCUGCAGCCCUCCCCCACACCCUGUGCUGCCAGCUUGUGUGCUGCAGCCCUCCCCCACACCCUGUGCUGCCAGCCUGUGUGCUGCAGCCCUCCCCCACACCCUGUGCUGCCAGCCUGUGUGCUGCAGCCCUCCCCCACACCCUGUGCUGCCAGCCUGUGUGCUGCAGCCCUCCCCACACCCUGUGCUGCCAGCCUGUGUGCUGCAGCCCUCCCCCACACCCUGUGCUGCCAGCUUGUGUGCUGCAGCCCUCCCCCACACCCUGUGCUGCCAGCCUGUGUGCUGCAGCCCUCCCCCACACCCUGUGCUGCCAGCCUGUGUGCUGCAGCCCUCCCCCACACCCUGUGCUGCCAGCCUGUGUGCUGCACCCCUCCCCCACACCCUGUGCUGCAGCCCUCCCCCACACCCUGUGCUGCCAGCCUGUGUGCUGCAGCCCUCCCCCACACCCUGUGCUGCCAGCCUGUGUGCUGCAGCCCUCCCCCACACCCUGUGCUGCCAGCUUGUGUGCUGCAGCCCUCCCCCACACCCUGUGCUGCCAGCCUGUGUGCUGCAGCCCUCCCCCACACCCUGUGCUGCCAGCCUGUGUGCUGCAGCCCUCCCCCACACCCUGUGCUGCCAGCCUGUGUGCUGCACCCCUCCCCCACACCCUGUGCUGCAGCCCUCCCCCACACCCUGUGCUGCCAGCCUGUGUGCUGCAGCCCUCCCCCACACCCUGUGCUGCCAGCCUGUGUGCUGCAGCCCUCCCCCACACCCUGUGCUGCCAGCCUGUGUGCUGCACCCCUCCCCCACACCCUAUGCUGCACCCCUCCCCCACACCCUGUGCUGCCAGCCUGUGUGCUGCAGCCCUCCCCCACACCCUGUGCUGCCAGCCUGUGUGCUGCAGCCCUCCCCCACACCCUGUGCUGCCAGCCUGUGUGCUGCACCCCUCCCCCACACCCUAUGCUGCAGCCCUCCCCCACACCCUGUGCUGCCAGCCUGUGUGCUGCAGCCCUCCCCCACACCCUGUGCUGCCAGCUUCUGCCUCCACCUGUCACCCCCUCCCUCUGUAGGCCUCCACCUGUCACCCCCUCCCCCUGUAGGCCUCCACCAGUCACCCCCUCCCUCUCCAAUGAGAGAAGCCCACAUCACCGCGGGGACCAAUCAGAGACCAGGUACGAGUUUGGGCCACGUGGAGUCUUCCCUGAUUGGCUAAGAGACUGA